AGGUUUCCGGCGCUUUAGCGCAGACGUGUCUGGUGGCGGCCGCGCGGAGCCUGGCGCUGUCCCGGCCCGUCCUUCCGCAGCUGCCGCCUCAGCCCGGGCUGGCGGCGCCAUGUCCGGGACCAGCAGCCCCGAGGCGGUGAAGAAGCUGCUGGAAAAUACGCAGGGAGACCUGCGGGGCCUGAGCCUGGAGUGCCGCAAGAAAUUCCCCCCCGUCAAGGAGGCUGCUGAAUCAGGAAUAAUAAAAGUUAAAACGAUAGCUGCAAGAAACACCGAUAUUUUGGCAGCAUUGAAAGAGAACAGCUCAGAAGUAGUUCAGCCGUUUCUAAUGGGCUGUGGAACAAAGGAACCAAAGAUUACUCAACUGUGUCUAGCAGCCAUACAGAGACUUAUGUCACAUGAAGUUGUUUCAGAGGCUGCAGCUGGAAAUAUUAUUAACAUGCUUUGGCAACUGAUGGAAAAUAGUCUUGAAGAACUCAAAUUACUUCAAACAGUUCUUGUUCUUUUAACAACCAAUACAGUUGUCCAUGAUGAAGCACUCUCCAAGGCAAUUGUUCUUUGCUUUCGACUUCACUUCACGAAAGAUAAUAUCACAAAUAACACUGCUGCAGCUACAGUACGACAAGUAGUUACUGUUGUUUUUGAGAGAGUGGUUUUUGAAGACAAACGAUACAAAGAUAUUAUUGAACAACCAGUACAAGCUCCAGGAAACAGUAACAGAAGAUCUGUCAGUACUCUGAAACCAUGCGCUAAAGAUGCAUAUAUGCUUUUUCAGGAUCUUUGCCAGUUGGUUAAUGCUGAUGCUCCUUACUGGCUGGUGGGUAUGACAGAAAUGACCCGAACAUUUGGUCUUGAACUUCUUGAGUCAGUCCUCAAUGAUUUUCCUCAAGUGUUUUUACAACAUCAAGAAUUUAGUUUCCUCCUUAAAGAGAGGGUUUGCCCUCUUGUGAUAAAGCUAUUCUCCCCGAAUAUCAAGUUCAGACAAGGUUCCAGCACAUCAUCUUCACCUGCACCAGUGGAAAAACCAUAUUUUCCUAUCUGCAUGCGCCUGCUGAGAGUUGUCUCUGUUUUGAUCAAGCAGUUUUACAGUUUGCUGGUAACAGAAUGUGAGAUCUUUCUGUCACUACUAGUAAAGUUUCUGGAUGCAGACAAACCACAGUGGUUAAGAGCUGUUGCAGUGGAAUCUAUCCACAGGCUUUGUGUGCAGCCCCAGCUAUUAAGGUCCUUUUGUCAAUCCUAUGAUAUGAAACAGCAUUCUACCAAGGUUUUCCGUGACAUUGUAAAUGCACUCGGAUCAUUCAUCCAGUCGCUUUUUCUUGUACCAAGCACAGGAAACACAUCAACGACAGUAAACCAAACUGGAAGCAAUACAUCUGGUGGUACAGCCUCAUCACAAACCAACCCAGGAAUGCUGGGAAUGGGUGGAGGUGUGACUGUAUUACCUGCAUUUGAAUAUCGAGGCACAUGGAUACCUAUACUCACUGUAACAAUACAAGGCAGUGCUAAAGCUACCUACCUAGAAAUGCUGGAUAAAGUAGAGCCGCCUACAAUUCCUGAAGGUUAUGCCAUGUCUGUGGCAUUUCACUGUUUACUGGAUCUUGUCCGUGGUAUCACUACCAUGAUUGAAGGAGAGUUGGGACAGGCUGAAACAGACAAUCAGACCAUGACUGAAGCAACUUCAUCACCAAUACAGUCUUUGGAGCAGCAAGAUUUGCAGUCAGUAUCUGACCAAACUGACAAGGAGCUAGUUAACAGAGCUGUUUGGGAGGAAAUGGUGAAUGCGUGUUGGUGUGGUCUUCUUGCUGCGCUGUCACUGCUUCUUGAUGCCAGCACGGAUGAAGCUGCCACAGAAAAUAUCUUAAAAGCAGAAUUGACCAUGGCUGCACUUUGUGGAAAACUGGGUCUUGUAACUUCAAGAGAUGCCUUUAUCACUGCCAUUUGCAAGGGCUCCUUGCCUCCUCAUUAUUCCCUCACCGUACUGAACAGCACAACUACAACUCUCUCCAGCAAAUCUUAUUCGAUUCAGGGGCAGAAUGUUCAGAUUAUCAGUCCAUCAAGUGAAUCUCACCAGCAAGUUGUGGCAGUAGGGCAACCGCUAGCUCUCCAGCCACAGGGAACAGUAAUGCUGACUUCAAAAAAUAUCCAGUGUAUGAGGACGUUACUUAACUUGGCCCACUGCCAUGGAGCAGUCCUUGGUACAUCAUGGCAACUUGCCUUGGCUACUCUACAGCAUCUCGUAUGGAUUCUGGGUUUAAAGCCUGGCGUUGGAGGUGCCUUAAAACCCGGGAGAGCUGUAGAAGGACCCAGCACAGUUCUAACUACAGCAGUUAUGACUGAUUUACCAGUUAUAUCCAACAUACUUUCAAGACUAUUUGAAAGCUCACAGUACCUUGAUGACGUGUCUUUACAUCAUUUAAUAAAUGCCCUUUGUUCCUUGUCUCUGGAAGCCAUGGAAAUGGCCUAUGGAAAUAACAAGGAACCAUCUCUUUUUGCUGUUGCUAAACUGUUGGAAACGGGACUGGUUAACAUGCAUAGGAUUGAGAUUCUGUGGAGACCUCUGACUGGUCACCUCCUAGAGGUCUGCCAGCAUCCAAACUCCAGAAUGAGAGAAUGGGGGGCAGAAGCAUUAACCUCUCUCAUUAAAGCCGGGCUUACAUUUAACCAUGACCCUCCAUUAUCACAAAAUCAGAGGCUGCAGUUGCUUUUGUUAAAUCCAUUGAAGGAACUUUCAAACAUUAUUCAUCCUGAUAUCAGGCUCAAACAAUUGGAGUGUGUAUUGCAGAUUUUGCAGAGUCAAGGUGACAGUCUAGGACCUGGCUGGCCAUUAGUCCUUGGUGUCAUGGGAGCAAUCAGAAGUGAUCAAGGAGAGUCCUUAAUACGAACUGCAUUCCAGUGUCUUCAGCUGGUUGUGACAGACUUCCUACCAACCGUGCCAUGCACUUGCCUACAAAUAGUUGUUGAAGUUGCAGGAAGCUUUGGACUUCACAAUCAAGAACUAAACAUUAGCCUAACAUCAAUUGGUUUACUGUGGAAUAUUUCAGAUUAUUUCUUCCAAAGAGGUGAAACCAUUGAAAAAGAGCUGAACAAAGAGGAAGCAGUAUUGCAGAAGCAGGCAGAAGAGAAGGGAGUGUUGUUAAACCGUCCUUUCCACCCAGCACCACCAUUUGACUGCCUUUGGCUCUGUCUCUAUGCCAAGCUGGGGGAACUCUGUGUAGAUCCACGACCUGCAGUUAGAAAGAGUGCUGGACAGACAUUGUUUUCUACAAUUGGUGCCCAUGGAACUUUACUUCAACAUUCAACAUGGCACACAGUUAUAUGGAAGGUUCUGUUUCACCUGUUGGAUAGGGUUAGAGAGUCUUCCACAACAGCUGACAAAGAGAAGAUUGAAUCAGGAGGAGGCAAUAUUCUCAUUCAUCAUUCAAGGGAUACAGCAGAGAAACAAUGGGCUGAGACAUGGGUAUUAACAUUGGCGGGAGUAGCGAGAAUAUUCAACACUAGGAGAUACUUACUACAACCUUUAGGAGAUUUUUCCAAAGCCUGGGAUGUUCUUCUUGAUCACAUCCAGUCUGCAGCACUCAGCAAAAACAAUGAAGUUUCCUUGGCUGCUCUGAAAAGUUUUCAGGAAAUUUUACAAAUUGUGUCUCCUGUCCGAGACUCAGAGAAACCUGAUACGCCACCUGCUAUUAAUGUGCCUGCCCUCCUAGGGGCAAUGACUGCUACUGGUCUGGGCAGAUCAUUCAUGAGAACUGACUCUAUAGGAGAAAGAAUUGGAAGAUAUAAUGAAUCUGAGCCACCUAUAAUAACAGAUGAGAUUGAAGAUUUAAAUCUUUGGUGGGCUGCCUGGAACACCUGGUAUAGGAUUGGCUCAGAAAGUACAAAGCCUCCAAUUACUUGUGAGAAAUUGACUUUCAUACCCAGCCAACCUUUUCUCACAGCUUUAAUUCAGAUAUUCCCAGCUCUCUACCAACACAUCAAAACUGGUUUCAGCAUGGAUGAUCUCCAAAAGCUUGGUGUCAUUUUACAUGGUGCUGUUUCAGUUCCAAUCAGUUCUGAUGCUUCCCCUUUCAUCCUGCCAUCUUAUACUGAAGCAGUUUUGACAAGUUUGCAGGAAGCAGUGCUUACCGCUUUAGAUGUCUUACAAAAGGCCAUAUGUGUAGGUUCAGAAAACAUGCAGAUAAUGUAUCCAGCAAUCUUUGAUCAGCUUUUGGCAUUUGUAGAAUUCUCCUGUAAACCGCCACAGUAUGGACAGCUGGAAAUGAAACACAUUGCAAAUGCAAAAUAUAAUCAGAUACAACUAUUUGCACCGGCAGAAUGGGUAGCAUUGAAUUACGUACCAUUUGCUGAGAGAUCUUUGGAAGUUGUGGUGGAUUUGUACCAAAAGACUGCUUGCCACAAAGCUGUAGUUAAUGAGAAGGUUCUUCAGAACAUUAUUAAGACACAGAGGAUACCUCUGAGCCUAAAGUACGCCUGCCCCUCUGAAAGCACAUGGAAACUAGCAGUAUCUUCUCUUCUUAAAGUUCUUUCUAUUGGACUGCCAGUUGCAAGGCAGCAUGCCUCUUCUGGAAAAUUUGACAGUAUGUGGCCAGAACUAGCCAACACACUUGAAGACUUUUUAUUCACCAAAAGUAUACCUCCAGAUAAUCUUUCUAUUCAAGAAUUUCAGAGAAAUGAGAGUAUUGAUGUUGAGGUGGUGCAACUCAUCAGCACAGAGAUACUGCCGUAUGCUAAUUUUAUUCCCAAGGAAUUUGUUGGUCAGAUAAUGACUAUGCUUAAUAAAGGUUCAAUACAUUCUCAGUCAUCCUCAUUUACGGAUUAUUUUACUUUGACAGAAGCAGAAAUAGAUAUUCGAAUGAGAGAAGAAUUUUCUAAGAUGUGCUUUGAAACACUGCUCCAGUUUUCAUUCAGUAAUAAAGUCACAACUCCUCAGGAAGGAUACAUCUCUAGAAUGGCACUGUCUGUACUCUUGAAAAGAUCACAGGAUGUACUGCAUCGCUACAUAGAAGAUGAAAGAUUAAGUGGCAAAUGUCCUCUUCCACGGCAGCAAGUAACAGAAAUCAUAUUCGUUUUAAAAGCUGUCAGUACUCUAAUAGAUUCCCUUAAGAAAACUCAGCCUGAAAAUGUAGGUGGUUAACUUGCGCACAGAGCCACAACAUAACUUCAUUGUCUGUCAGCUCUUCCUUUGUGAGUCAGGUUAGUCAUCUUUGUGUGUCUACCUUAUCCCUGAUAAAUAGGUUCUUCCUAGAGUAGUUGUCCCUAUGGGUGUGCGAGUGUUUGGUAGCACACUUCGGGUGUGUGAGUGUUUUGGUAGCAGUGUCUGCCCCUGCACCUAAUAUGUCCUUGUGCUCCAGUCUGAGAGCUGCUGCAGCUCCAGUUUUUUCUUCAGCUGCGUGUGCUAGAGACAGAGUUUUUGUGGUGUCAGUUAACUUCAGAUUAGCUAGCUUGCUCAUCUGGUUUUUUUAAUUUUAUUUUACUUAAACUUUUUAAUGUAAUGUUUAUUAAUUCCCCACACACACAAACUACAGCAAGAGCCUAUCUGCAGCUUGUCGGCCAUAUGCAGCCUGUACAUUUGUAAGAUCUCAUGCCAGACUGCAUUCCCAGUGCCUUCAAGCCUGGCUCAAGCACAGCUUGUCCAGGAGGGUGUCUAUCUCUGAGUUCUCAACUCUCUGUGAAUGAAAGGAUCCCUGCAAGGUAUGCUUGUAUUCACUCCCCCACAAGGACCAUCAUUACAGAUGCCUCUCUGUUAGGCUGGUGAUCUCCUGGCACAAGGCAGGUGGACCCAUUAGGAGUCUGCUCUUCACAUCAAUCUAUUUGAGCUCAGAGCAGUUCAAUAUAAGUGCAGUAAUUUUUUUCCAAAAAUCAAGAGUCACGCAGAAGAGACAUGAUCAACAAGAGAGCUACCAUAUUUUAUGUAAACUGCUGAGGGGGAGCACAGUCCCAAUCCUUGUGCACAGAAGCAAUGAAAUUUGGAACUGGUGCAUAACCCACCAAAUCAAGAUCUCAGUGGCAUUUCUAUCACGUCUGCAAAGCAUCAUAGUAGAAACGCUGAACAGACAUUUCUGUGAGAACUACAAAUGAGAGCUGAGCUAUCCUGUCCUACAGGUAGUGCUCACCUAGGGCUGUACAGGGAUAGACCUCUUCCUGAUGCCAUACAACAAGAAAUUCCCACAAUUUUGCUGGGUGGGGGGGAUGCCACCAUAACUCAUUAGGAGAUGCCUUCUUCACUCCUUGGCCACUAAGGGUAUGUCUACACUGCAAUAAAAAACCCGUAGCUGGCCCAGGCCAGCUGACUCGGAUUCAUGGAUGUUGGGCUAAGGAGCUGUUUAAUUGCAGUGUAGACAUUCAGGCUUGGGCUGGAUACUGAGCUGUAGGACACGGCAAGGUGGGAAAGCGCUUCAGUGUAUUUUAGAAAAUAAUAUUCAUCAGCUACUUUACAAUUCAGGAUCACCAACUACCAGACAUUAAUAGCGAAGUAUAACCAUCCAAACCAGGCUGAACUCCUUUAUUGAAUAUCUACCAGCAGAACACAGAGCGAUUUCAGGCAAUUUUUACAGAAGGCCAACUGCUGGCUAUACCAUCUCUGCAGGCCUCUCUUGACACUGCUGAUACUGCCGUUCAGUCUAUUUCUAUGGCAGUAGUUUUGAAGAGGACCACCUGGUUUCAGCUCUCAGGAUUUCUAAAGGAGGUCCAGAAUAUGGUUGAAGACGUCCCUUUUUUUGGUACUAAACUGUUCACUGACAGCACAGGAUGAGUGCACACAUUAAAGGACUCCAAGGCCCACUUUACAUUUUCUCUGGGGAUCUAUACGUGUACCCAAAGGAGAGAGUUUAGUAAGUCCCAGACAGCACAGAGAUCCUGCCCCAUUCAAUUCCCAGAGGCCACAUGAACUUCAGUGCAAGAGACAGACUCCAGAAGAGAAAAUCACCCAUUUCCCAAUCUUCCACUUCAUAGCAUCAAUUUUGACAGGGUGGUUGAGGUCCUGAGCUGCUGUCCCCUUUUCAUACCAACUGCAAUGUUUCUCUCUCUUUCCUUCCUCUCUUUGGCAACCGCCAAGUGAUAGAUUCCUAAGCUUAAGUGUAAACACUUUCGGUAGGCUUGGGAAUCUAUCACUAUGGAUGAGUGGGUUUUGGAGAUCAUCCACUUCAUUUCUCUUCUGCCUUCCAAGCCCCCUUUCCUGUCCCUCUUCAGGGACCUCUCUCAUGAGAGCUUGUUAUGACAGAAAAUAGACUCUCUUCUACUCUUGGGUGCUCUAGCUUCAAUUCCCAUGCAUCACAGAGGGAAAGAGUUUUAUUCCAAGUAUUUCCUAGUUCAAAAAAGAG